AUGGACCAGUACGAGAAAGUUGAGAAGAUUGGUGAAGGAACGUAUGGCGUGGUUUACAAGGCUCGUGAUCGUGUCACUAAUGAGACUAUAGCUUUGAAGAAGAUUCGUUUAGAGCAGGAAGAUGAGGGGGUGCCAAGCACUGCCAUACGCGAAAUUUCACUCUUGAAAGAAAUGCAGCAUGGCAACAUUGUCAGGCUGCAGGAUGUAGUGCACAGUGAGAAGCGCUUGUAUCUGGUUUUUGAGUACCUGGACUUGGAUCUGAAGAAGCAUAUGGAUUCUACUCCUGAGUUUGCAAAGGAUCCUCGCCAAAUAAAAAUGUUCCUUUAUCAAAUUCUCAGAGGCAUUGCUUAUUGUCAUUCACAUAGAGUUCUUCAUCGAGAUCUGAAACCCCAGAAUCUGCUGAUAGAUCGUCGUACCAAUUCACUAAAGCUUGCAGAUUUUGGACUGGCUAGAGCAUUUGGUAUUCCUGUUAGGACAUUUACUCAUGAGGUGGUGACUCUCUGGUAUAGAGCGCCGGAGAUAUUGCUUGGUUCCCGCCAUUACUCUACUCCAGUAGAUGUGUGGUCCGUGGGUUGUAUAUUUGCUGAGAUGGUAAACCAACGACCUUUAUUUCCUGGGGACUCUGAGAUUGAUGAAUUGUUCAAGAUAUUUAGAAUCAUGGGUACUCCAACUGAGGAUACAUGGCCUGGAGUGAAUUCUUUGCCUGAUUUUAAGUCUUCCUUUCCUAAGUGGCUUGCUAAGGACUUGGCAACUGCAGUUCCCAAUCUUGAAUCAGCUGGUGUUGAUCUUCUCUCUAAAAUGCUCUGCUUGGAUCCCAGCAAAAGGAUUACGGCCAGGACUGCUCUUGAGCACGAGUACUUCAAAGAUAUUGCCUUUGUACCCUGA